AUGGCCGUUCAAACUCCAAAACAGCGUAUUGCCAACGAGCGCUUUGCUAAGCGUAAUGAGAAGAAGCUGGGCAAGGCUAAGCCCAAGGAAACCAAGGUUGAGUCGCCGCUCUCAAAGACUUGGGUCAUUGUGCUACUGUUCCUCCUCGUAGGCGGUGGCAUUCUGGAGCUGCUAACCUUGUUCAUGUAA